AUGCCCAACUUCAUGUUCUUAUGGCCUCAAGGCCUUGAGGGCAUGACCAUCAAAACAACUCGGGGAAAGGCAACAACGGUGCCACGGGCAGUUGCACGGGAGUCGCACAAGAAGGUCGGUUACCUUGUGCCGGGAUUGCGCCACCCAGCUCCUUCGUCAAUCCAGAUCGGUGUGAUGAAAGAGAGUAGUGCAAAUUACUCCAAACUCAACAAAGAGAAUCCCCGGCCCGGAGGCCGAAAGACUCGGGACGCCACCGAGAUGUGGAGCGCUCCUUGA